UUGACGAAUUGUGCAAAUAAGAAUUUUAUGCCAAAAAAAAACAAUAGAAUAUUCGCCGGUGAGCGCGCGCUGGCGCUGGCGCUGGAUAUGGCACGACUGGAGCGGAGUGCUAACCGGAAUACGGGUAAGUUGGUGGGAGUCGCGGACCGACCGUGUCGUGUUACAGGAAUUGUGUUAGUAAAUAUGUGUAAUUGUAAAUAUGAACAUAUGUAUGAUUGUGAAUGUAUGUUUAAUAUGGAUUUAAUUUGUAUAUUUGUUUGUAAGCAUGUGGGGAACUAUGGUUAUUGGGUAGAUUCGGAAUAUAGAUGUACCAGUAUAUGGAUGAUGCGUAGUGUGCAAGUGUAUAAAUAUUUAAGCAGAUGUACAAAACCGUAUAUUUGUUGUGCGCGGAAACAUGCAAGCGCUUAGAAAAUAUGCUUGUGGUUUGUGGGACAUGCAAGCAUUAACAAAUAUGUAUGUUUGUGGACUAUGCAAGCAUCAAAACAUACGUUUGUUGUAAGUGACGGUGAUUAUGCAGUGAUAGUGCGUUAGGACGGCAAGUCCAGUUGUGUUUUUCACUGGACACUUGUUGCACAUAUGAAUGAACACGUCCCAAGUAUGCCGGUAUGCAAUCGCGAACGGACAGAUUGGUUCUAUACUGCUAAUUCGUGCACUUUAUGUAUUUUUGGUUGAGCUGACCGGCGCGGUAUCAGCCGUAUACGAAUGGGGCCCUUGGAUCAGGGACGGAAAGCGGGAUGCGGAUUCCGUUUUUGGAAGUCGGCGGACAGACCGACAGAAAAAACCAAUAUGGCGAGUCCAACGCCAGGAACAAGCUGGGGCGAACGGAUGGCUGGCACAAAACGAGGAUGAGUAUGGAUGGAGGUGCCUCAAAAGUAUCCGGCUCGAAGGACCAUGUGGUCGUCGGGGGGCGUCGGGGAUAAAAUGUCCAAACUCCAGUACAAGAACAAAAUGGCGGGAUUUUCAGGUUUCAAAGUGCUCUUCUGCACCGCCCUGGUCCUUAACUAGCGUGUGGGAGAGAGAGGGCGCUGACGCCAGCCGCGCUGUGCUAGCAGAUGUUGCUAGCGAAUGUUGCUAGCAAACGUUGCCAGCCUGCCAUGCAGGCUACUAGCAGUGCUGCCACGUCAACAAUAGUAAUUCAAUAAUA